UAUCACAUAUGCGCCGGCAUUAGGACCUGCUUUUUAUCUUUUCAGGAGCUCGCUUGAGAACCAUGAAGCUCGCUGUCAUUUUCGGUAUUGCCGGCCUGCUCGGUUGGGUGGAAGCAGGUGAUGCCGAGAAGCAAAAAGUGUUGAACGACUUUGCUGACAAGUCUGACCUGCAGCUGAGGGAACUCAGCAAACUAGCUCAAGUUGCAGGCUCUGACCUACUGAAGGAAAUCGGUGAAAGCGUCGCCAGCAAGCUGACGCACUUCGAAGCAAUACUCAAGUAUAUAGACGGCGUCCAUCAGUUGGAUAACCUCGUGUCAACUGAAGAGCAGUACGCGGAUCUGAGGAAGGUCCUGAAAUCCUCCGACGCGGUAUGGCAGAAAAUGGUUAGAGACACCGUGGAAGAAAAGCUCAAACACUUUCGCAUCCUCCUUCGUAGUGUAGAACAAAUUGAAAACCAACAACGUGACUAA